GACGUGCAAGACACAAAUCGCGAGCACUACUUGAACCGAAGAAUGGCCAAUCGUCCUCUAGCGCCCGAUCCUCUUGUCUACUCAAUUCGUGAGCUUGAACAUCAUGGUUCUGAGAAUCUCCGCGAAGGCUUCCGGGAGUAUUACAAUGGCGGUGCCAUGGAUAUGAUAACGCUCCGAGAAAAUGUAACCGCGUAUAAUCGAUACUAGAUUCGUCCCCGUAUCUUUCGAAACGUCUCUAACGUAGACACGAGCGCCGAGAUCUUUGGUAAGAAGACCACGUUCCCCUGUGGUUUCAGUCCAAGUGCGAUGCACUGCUUGGCGCACAAAGAUGGAGAGCUUGCUACAUCAAGAGCAGCAGCGAAUGCAGGAAUACUGAUGGUUUUGUCCCCGUACGCUACAACUUCCUUAGAGGAUGUCAUAGCGCAAGGGACAGGGAACCCAUACAUGAUGCAGAUGUGCAUCGUGAAGGAUAGGAACAUCACUAUGCAGUUGUUGAGGAGGGCAGAGGGUAAGUGGCGGAAACAGUCUGAGGGCCAUGAGCUGAUCUUUGUACUUCGCCUUUCCUUCACCAGAAGUUUCCAGUCUCAAGAAUUCUUGCAUGUGCCUCUUUACUCGCGUAGAAGCAUACUCCAGGAUCUGCAUUCCUCUGAGAGGGUCCAUCUCACUUGACGAAGGUGAUGUCUUUGCCACCAUAUGAGCAGAGCAACCCAGAAUUGCAAAAAAGUCGCUUGGGAAGCAUGUUUUACGUUCGUCCCUUGUAGCCGCGUCAACUCAGCAUGAGCCUGAACGGCGCUACUCCAAUUGAGCGUUUUCCAUGGCGAUUUACAUGUCAUCGGCAA